ACCUGCACUCCAUCAAUAACCCUCUCAUACAAAAAUUCCUCAACCCUGAAAUCACCUCACCCAGAAGCACAUAUUCCCAUCGAAUAGAUAAAAGAUUGUUUCCUGGGGACGACUGCUUCUCAGCAUCUUGCUCUUCAGAAAAGGAAGACAAGUUUAUGUGAAGAGGGAAGACCCAACCAUGGGGGUGGUGGGGGGUGAUGCAAUUGUGGUGGCGAUGGCAGCGACGGAAGUGGCAGCAGUGGAUGAGGCGACAUCGGCUGAAGUGGCAGCAGCGGAUGAGGCGACAACGGCUGAAGUGGCAGCGACAGAAGCGAUCCUAACUAUGCCUGGUGAGAGCCUGUCCAUGGACUUCAUGGACACAUUGGUCACCAGCAAGAGUGGAAAGAGACACAUCUUUGUCAUUGUGGAUAGAUUUAGUAAGUACGCUAGAUUGGUUGCGAUGCCUGAAACAACGAAGAUCGAGUACAUCAUUAAGAUGUUCAAGGAGAACUGGGUCAGAGACUUUGGGCUACCGAAGUCUAUUGUGAGUGACCGGGAUGUCAGAUUCACGAGUGAGUUGUGGAAAGCUGCAGCUGCAGAACAAGGUACACAGCUGCAGAUGACAUCCGGGAACCACCCAGAGGCAAACGGGCAGGCAGAACAGCUAAACCACGCUGUACAGCACCUGUUAAGGCACUACAUCAAGCCCAACCAGGUGGACUGGGAUGAGAAGCUUGCUCUCAUCGCCAGCCUGUACAACAAUGUUGUGCGCAGCGCAACAGGGGGAUUUUCCCUGGCCGUUUCUCGGCAGAGCUGCCCAGGCAGCCAAGAUGACCCGGGCGGCCCGGUUGCUAACACAGGUAGGCCCCUCAGCUUGAGGGCGAGGGCGAGGGCCAGAGUGAGCAUGAGGGUGGGAUUUGAGAAACAAGGCAUCAACUCCACAACUUCCUGGAGGCCUUCACACAAAGAGAAAGGAGAUGUGCGGACCCUAGCAAGCUUACCGCUCCAUGUGCACAGAUCGUCUGUCCCAUGUUAUGUGGGGGCCAAUCCGCUGGAGCUGUCUCUUUUAACUUACAGUACAAAAUAUAAAUUUGAAGGACAGCUUCUAAGGAGACCACCACAAAUUUCACCUUUAGUAUCGUAUCCAUCGUUGAGAGUAUUGCUGCGCAGAAUCCUCAGCGGUCAUCGGUGUUGUGAUCGUUGCUUUAGCUGCUCUGCAACGAUUGACGAUGAAGGCAGGAGUGUGGUUGUUAGUAACACACAAUCGGACGUGGAAGGAGGAGAUGUGGACAGCCAAUGCCAAGACGAGACAUUAAGCGAGCUUUUGAAGGAUCAGGUGCCAGAAUGGUUGUUAAAAAGGGUACAGGAGUUGGGUUUUGUGACACCGACAAGUGUUCAGCGGGAGGCUCUACCAGCUGUCUUCAGUGGGCGGGAUUGCAUAAUUCAUGCUCAGACUGGUUCAGGGAAAACUCUGGUGUACUUGAUGCCAUUGAUUGCGAACAUCGACACGAGAAGAUCAGCGGUCCAAGCUCUUGUUGUGGUUCCCACAAGGGAGCUUGGGAUGCAAGUUGCUAAGGUGGCAAGGCUAUUAGGAGGAGGGAGCAGGGGAGAUGACUCUAAAGAAAGAGAGGGAGGGGAUGCUUGUUCAAAACCAGCCACCCGAAGAGACUCUAAGAGAUUCUCCGUCAUGACUGCCCUUGAAGGCACCGGAGCUGCCAGAGUUAAGGGAUGGUUGAAGGCCGAGCCUCCACAACUGGUGGUGGGAAUGCCUGAGCGUCUUCUGCAAAUGAUCAACGACAAAACCCUGAGGACAAACGCAUUGCAAUACGUUGUGGUUGACGAAGUUGAUGCGGUGUUAGAACGGAUGAAAAAGUCAAGAAGCUCACAUCUUCACCAGCUUCUGACAAUGGCAGGGUCUUGCAGCAGACGUCAGACACUGCUUGUGAGUGCAACUGUACCGCAGCACCAUCACUUCGCAUCGUACUGUAUCCAAAACAAAUGGGCGAAGCCAGAUCUUCUGCAUAUCCAUGUCGAGCCAGAAGAGAAGCUUCCAACUCACAUAAAACACCGCUACAUAAUCUGCGCAGAGCCGAAGAGGCUCGAAAUGCUGGACAAACUGAUCGCGUCCGACAAGCCUCGGGCGGCAAUCGUUUUUGGAAACGAACAGUCGGAGAAAGGGAAGAGAUCUGGUGCUUUACCCCCAGCACAGGUGAUUGCUCAGUACCUUUCUGAAAACAAACUUGUUUUCCCACAUGUCAUCGGCAGCACAAACCUGAGUUUGGAGAAGAACAUGGCAGUUUCCAUCUCCUCUGGAACUAGUGAAGCACAAAACACAACAAGUGCCAGAUCUGAAAACCAGGAGCCUAGGAUGAAGGGGCGGCCUGUUACUGAGGGCCAGGAGUGGGAUGAAGAGUUUGGCAGCACAGGAAUAUCAGCAAAUGUACUAGACGAGGAAACUGAUGAGACGUGGAGGCCAUUGCUUUUGACUGAUGAUGCAGAUGCCAAUGCUAGGGUCAGUGUAUUGGAUGAAUUCAGAAGAGGAGCCAGGCGUUUGCUUGUCACGACUGACUUCGCAGGAAGGGGGUUGGAUAUUCCAUCAGUUAGCCAUGUAUACAACUUUGACCUGCCUUCCAGUGCAAUAGCGUAUGUUCACAGAGGUGGGCGUACUGGAAGAGAUCCGUUCGGGAGGGAGCAGGGAAUUGUUACAUCAUUUGCUACCAACAAGGAGGUCUUUGUUCUGAAGAGACUAUGGAACGAGUUGCAAAUCGCUGCAGAGGAAGUUAACCUCAACUAGGCACCACGUUGAAGCCAGAGGAAUCACUACUUUGUUUUUACUGCUAUCAGCAAUGAGGUGUGUGCCUUCACGAAACU